UCAUCUACCAUCUACCUGGUAGUACUUUCCCAAUGUAAAGGGACAAUGUUUGUAGGAUUAAGCAACUUCCAAAAUUUUCUUCAGAACGGUGAUGAAUCUAGACACUUACUGACUGUAGUCGCGAUUCGCAACAAGAAGAAGUAGCUUAGCAAAGUUGGUGCCCGAAAUGAUAGUUGACUAGUGAUUUUAAGUGUCUUUAUAUUAUCUAAUGAAUUGGAUAUAAAGUAAAAGAAAUGACUGAACAAAACAAGGAGUUAAAGAAGCGUAAAAGGUACAAACAAUAUUUAGAUCCAAAUUACAAUCCAAAUGAAGUCAGUACACAAACACGUAUUCGAUGGAAUCAGCGAUCACAAGAUGCUUAUUGCUAUGAUGACCUACUUUACGGUCCUUCUUCUCCAAAUGAAACUGAACAAUCGGAUGUAAUAACUGAAGAAAAUAAUAGAGCAACUGAAUCGCAUACUGCACACGAUUCUAUCUUCAUAAAUGAGCAACAAAGAAUUCUGGAAACAUGUAAUGAAGAAGGAAAAUCGAACGAUCAGUUACACCGUUCGAUUUUUGUAGAUUCAGACGAUUCUUUUUCCUCUGGAAAUGAGUCAAGUCUUCAAGAUUCUGACACUGACAGCGUAGAUGAAUUAGAUACGGAGCAACCAAUUGAAUUUAAGGAAGAAACGGAUAUUGGCUUUUCUAAGCUUAUCAAUUUUGGAACAGAAAUUAUGUUUCCAAAAGCUGCACUUUGUGUUUCUGAUGUUCUUUUCAUGAUAUUAGGAUUUUGUUUACGCUUCUCGCUGUCUGAUACAGCUAGAAUGGCUUUACUUGACUUGGUAAAGGUUUUAGCUGGGCCGGAAUUUAAAGAAUGGCGUUUAUCAAAAUACAUGUUUUCUCAAUUAUGUGAUGCUCCUGACAGCGUUAUUAAGUACAAUUUUUACUGUCCAACUUGUUGUAUAUGUUUGUUUCCAUGUACAUCGAAAAAAGAAUUUAAAAAUACAGUAGUUACUUGCAAAAAGUGUAGUCAGAGCUUCAAAUUAAAAAUGUCAUCAACAAACUACUUUAUCUCAAUUGACUUAGAAUAUCAAUUGAAAUUAUUGUUUAAAAACUUAGAUGUCAAGAAGGCAUUUUUGGAAUAUUCUACAGAAAUUCGAAAAAAAUGUAAUGAUGGCUUAAAUGUAAUACGUGAUGUUUAUGAUGGUAAGUUGUAUAAAAAGUUGAUUAAUCUUUCAGAUGAUCAAGACAUUACUUCCUCAUUUACAAUCACAUUAUGCUUUAAUACUGAUGGUGCUCCAAUUUUUCACAGCUCUAAAAAAUCCUUUUGGCCCUUGCAAUGUUAUAUAAAUGAACUUCCACCUGAAAUUAGAUUUAAGUAUCCACUUCUCUGUGCAUUAAGUAUAGAUAGCCGAGAACCUUCACCAAUACAAAUGCAAUAUUUCAUGCACAAAUUUGUAGAUCAGACACUGCCUUUAAUGCAUGAAGGUUUUCAUUGUAAGAACUUGAACGGUCAAGAUAUUAAAAUAAAAGUUGUACCUCUAUUGUGUUGUGUGGACUCUGUUGCUCGUCCUGUGAUUCAAAAUCGAGUUCAAUUUAAUGGAUAUUGUAGUUGCAGUUGGUGUUACGCAAUGGGAAUGCACGAAGAAAACUGUGUACGAUAUCCGAUUUUGAAAGAAGAAGAUGACUCUGUUAGAACAAAUGAAACUCAUACUGCCGACGCAAAUGAAGCUUUAAAAUCAGGAAAAUGGAUAAAUGGAGUGAAGGGUAUAAGCAGUUUAAUGACGUUAAUGACAUUCAAUAUGGUCUGGGGAUUUCCCUGCGAAUAUAUGCAUGGUGUCUUAAUUGGUGUUGUUAAACAACUGUUUCAAAUAUGGACUGAAAGUACUUCUUCUUGGCACUUUACUAAGAACCAACGUCAAAAAUUAAACGAAAUACUUUCUAAUAUAACACCAUCUCAUGAAAUCCACCGUUUACCUAGGUCUUUUUCAGCUAAAGCAAAAUGGAAGGCUUCUGAAUGGCAAGCAUGGUUGUUAUUCUAUUGUCUACCGUGUUUAGAAUGCGUUUUGCCAGACAAUGACUCUCAAACAGAUAAAAAAACAGGUAUUAACAUUAUUAAACAUACUUCAUUGUUGGUACAAUCAAUAUUCGUUCUUCUUCAAAAAUCGAUAACUUCGGCAGAGUUACAACAAUGUGAAUACGACCUCUUGAAAUUUGUUGGAGAAUUCGAAUUAUUGUAUGGCAUAGGCAAUAUGACAUUUAAUGUUCACACACUUCUUCAUUUAGUCCAAUCUGUUCAAAUGUCAGGACCCCUAUGGGCCACAUCAGCGUUCCCAUUCGAAAAUGGAAUUUUUUAUUUAAAGAAGCAGGUAACUGGUCCAAAAGGUAUUUAUGAUCAAAUUGCCCACCGAAUUCUUCAAAGAAAUUCCUUUAAAUGCCUAUGGAAACAAACAACACAAUCUGAAUCAGCUGCGGAAUUUUGUAAAACUCUUUUUUUUAAAAAGCAAUGUACACAAUCUGUACGAAGAGUAACUGCUGAUGCAGAUGUAAUACUCUUAGGACCAAGCUCAAACGAAUGUUUUUAUUCACGCUGUAUUUAUAAAGGUUCAAUAUAUUGCGGAACUGAUUAUACCCGAGCAAAAAAGACCAACGACACAAUUGUGAAGUUAAAAAAUAAUUCUAUUGUCCAAAUUACACGUUUUAUUUAUGAAACAGAAACAUCUGUUCUCGUUAAUGCUAGAAAAAUGUGUAUGGAAACUGAUCGACAGGUCUCAUUUAGUGUUAAUCAUUUGCUGCCUGUCAAAAAAGGCAAACAAGUAAUUGUUAUUCCUAUUUAUGAAAUAAAAGAAAAAUUGAUGUUAGUAGAAGUAAAAGAAAAAAGUUAUGUUUGUGCGUUUCCAUUUCUUAAUAAUGUUUCAUAAAAUUUAUGUAAAUAAAAUUACAAUCAAAAGCAUUAGACAAUUGAAUAUUUCAGUUCAUUUUUCUGAUAUAAAUAUAUAGUUAUGUAGAUAAUGAAAAAUAAUAGAUCUUCAAGAACACAAGAUUUCAUAAAUAUUUAAUAUAACUCAUGAAUAGAGAAUUAUAAGAUUUUUCAAUCAAUAGAAUUUGGUAGAAUUUGUAUCAAAAUCUUUUAUAGAAAAAUAAUGGAUUCUCAUUUGGAAAGAAUUUGAUAGGUCUUCAAUCCAAACGCAAGGAUAGAAAAUGAUAAGAUUUUUAAACUCAUAGAAUUUGAUAGAAACAUCAUGAAUUGAAAAUUGUAACAUUUUUUAAUCAACAAAA